ACCCGCCAAUCAGGAAAUAAGGCUGCAUCACAUGCCCCAGCGCUGACAGUUAGGCAGCCAGCGAAUGUAGCUGAACUGUGAAGGGAGUCGCUCCGGAGCUGUAUCUACACUGGGCAUCUUUGCUCGGGCCCCAGCCCCAGUGGAUGGAAAUCGCGCGCAAGAGGAAGCGAAGCCCGGCCUGGCGCGAGGAGGCUGGGGUCCUCUGAGGUGGGCUGCUGGGACGCGCUCGCUCCACCUUUGGGAAAGAUGUUUUCGAGAAAGAAACGCGAGUUGAUGAAAACUCCCUCGAUAUCUAAGAAGAGCAGGGCAGGAAGCCCCGUACCGCAAACCCCGUCGGAGCUGCCACGGAAGGAGUGCCUGGAGGCGCCGAGUUCCAGCCUGGCGGAGCUGUCCGUGUCCAGUCCCAAGCUGAGCAGCAGCCCCAGCGCCGUGGGCACCCUCAAGCGCCCCACCAGCCUGAGCCGGCACGCCAGCGCGGCGGGUUUCCCUCUGGCCCCUGCGGGCCCCCGGGGCCUGGCCAAGGGGCAGAAGACCCCCAUCUCCUACAGCCCCGUCGACAGCGGCGAGGGGACCUUCAUGGACGGGGAGGACAUCUCGCAGCUCCUGAGCGACGUGGCCCGCUUCGCCGAGGGGCUGGGGAAGCUCCCUCACUGCAACUUGAGACCAGUGCUCCUCUCCCAGCAGCGGCCACUGGCCCACGAGUGCCUCGGGGAAGCCCUGCGUGUCCUCCGGCAGCUCAUCAUCAAGUACCCGCUGCUCAACACCUUGGAGACCUUGACCGCCGCAGGAACCCUAAUCACCAGGGUCAAAGGUUUCCACUAUGAGUCCAACAACGAGAUGGACAAGCGGGAGUUCGAGAAGGCGCUGGAGAUCAUCGCCGUCUCUUUCAGCAGCACCGUCUCCGAGUUCCUCAUGGGAGAGGUGGACAGCAGCACCCUGCUCUCGAUACCUCCCAGCGAGCAGAACCAGUCUAUGGAGAACCUCUACGGGGGGAUGCCUGGGCAGGGCGCAGACAGCCUGCCCCCAGGCAUGGGUAGCUGUGAUUCAGUCCGCCAGUCGGCAGAGGAGGUGGACAUCAUGCUGCAGCGGUGUGAGGGCGGGGUGGAAGCUGCCCUCCACUACGCCAAAAACAUCUCCAAGUACAUGAAGGACCUCUUCGGCUACCUGGAGAAGAGAACCUUUCUGGAGAUGGAAUAUGCCAAAGGGCUGCAGAAGAUGGUGAACAGCUGUAAGCAGACAAUCACUCAGGAGCCCCACAUGCCGUUCCUGUCGAUCUACUCGCUGGCUCUGGAGCAGGAUGUGGACUAUGGAAUUACAAUCCUGCAAACCGCGGCCGCCUUGCAGAAUCAUACCUUCCUGCAGCCGCUGGCGAUGAGACGCCUUGAACAUGAAAAGCGAAGGAAGGAGAUUAAGGAGCAGUGGCACCGGGCACAGAGGAAGCUGCAAGAGGCGGAGACCAACCUGCGCAAGGCCAAGCAGCUGUACAUGCAGCGCUGUGAAGAGCACGAGAAGGCCAAGUAUGUCACCGUGAAGGCGGAAGAGGAACAGCAGAGCACCAGCAGCACCACCACCACCAAGACCCUGGACAAGAAGAGGCGGCUGGAGGAGGAGGCCAGGAAUAAGGCAGAUGAGUCGAUGGCCACGUACCGCACCUGCAUCGCGGACGCCAACACCCAGAAGCAGGAGCUGGAGGACACCAAGGUCAACGUCCUGCGGCAGAUCCACGAGGUGAUCAGGCAGAGCGACCAGACCCUCAAGUCGGCCACAAUCUCCUUCUACCAGAUCAUGUACACCCAGACGGCCCCCCUGCCGGUGCACUUCCAGACGCUGUGCGAGAGCAGCAAGCUGUACGACCCCGGGCAGCAGUACGCCUCCCACGUCAGGCAGCUGCAGCGGGGGGACGAACCCGAGACCCAGUACGACUUUGAACCCUACGUGUCGCAGAACCCCUGGUCCCCCUUCACCCGGCCCCGGAAAGGCAGCUUCAACGCCAACGAGUUCAGUAGCUCCGACGGGGCCACGCCCCCCAAAGACGGAGGCAGCUCCGAGGGAGGGGCAGCGGCGCGGGAGGCGCAAAGCGGGAGGGGGCACCAGACCCAUAAGUCUUGGCCGACAUCCAUGAUCGAAACAGAGGGCAGCCUGGAUCCCGCCUCAGGUACGUUUAGCCAGAAGUUCCAGCGGCUUUCCUCCAACGGCACGGUGUCCUCGAAUGAAGAGCUAAGCGAGAAGGAUGCCAAUGCGGCCUCGUUUGAACAAAGCAUCAAUGGGAUAGCCCCAGAAAUGACGGCUCAGACGGGCCCGUUCCGGAACGUGGGUUUAUCCAAGGCCGCCCAGACCCAUCGGCUGAGAAAGCUUCGCACCCCUUCGAAAUGCCGGGAAUGCAACAGCUACGUUUACUUCCAGGGAGCGGAGUGCGAGGAGUGCCAUUUAGCCUGCCACAGAAAAUGUCUGGAGACCUUGGCUAUCCAAUGUGGCCACAAGAAACUCCAAGGGAAGCUGCAGCUCUUUGGCCGGGAUUUCUCCCAGAUGUCCCAGAACAGCUCGGACGGCAUUCCCUUCCUUAUCAAGAAGUGCAUCUGUGAGAUUGAGAAGCGGGCUUUGAAAACCAAGGGCAUCUACCGGGUUAACGGCGUGAAGACGCGUGUGGAGAAACUCUGCCAGGCGUUUGAGAACGGGAAGGAGCUGGUGGAGCUGUCUCAGGCCUCCCCUCACGAUAUCAGCAACGUCUUGAAGCUCUACCUGCGCCAGCUGCCAGAACCCAUCAUGCCCUUCCGGCUGUACAACGCACUCAUGGGCCUGGCCAAGGAAAGCCUGCAAGGCGCGGGCGACAGCAAGCCCAAGUCCGGGAAGGGAGGCCCCGAGCUGGUGGACAAGGGAGCCGAGACGGACAAGACGGUGGUGACGCUGGUGACCAAGCUGAGGGAGCUGCUGAAGGAGCUUCCGCCGGAGAACCUGGCCACGCUGCAGUACAUCGUGCAGCAUCUGAGACGGAUCGUGGAGGUAGAACAGGACAACAAAAUGACCUCGAGCAACCUGGGCAUCGUCUUCGGGCCAACGCUGAUGCGCCCCCGGCCCACCGAGGCCACCAUCUCCCUGUCCUCGCUGGUCGACUACCCGCACCAGGCCCGCAUCACCGAGGCGCUCAUCAUCUUCUAUGCCACCAUCUUCGAGAACAAGGCAGCCGCGCUGCUGGCGGGCCUGACCGAAGACGCGGAGGAUGCCGAGGAGAAGGCCAGAAGCUCUAGCCAGGACAGCGAGCCCACGGCUCCACACUGCAACAUCCCGCACCUCGAGGUGUCCUUGGAGCAGGGGGAGCUGGACAGCAACACUGACCCAUACACAGGCUCUGGCGAUCACUCUUUAGAUUCUGACUCGGAGCUGGAGGAGGGGCCGGAGCUGCCGGCUAUCCACGAGGAAGCCUCAAGGCAGCAGCUGGCAAAGCAGGAGAGCGAGACGAGCACGGACGAGGCUCAGUUCUGCGACGACGCGAGCGAGGGGCAGCUGAGCAGGACUUGCAGCGUGGGCCAGUCGGAUGCAGAGGCCUCCCUCCAGCACAGCCCGGCAGGGGAGGAGGAGCAGAGCGACCCGGAGGAGGAGCCCGUCUCGGAGAGGGACGGACAGGCGAGCCGGCCCCUUUCUGACUGUAACACGAACCAGUCCAACAACGCGCUGCUGGCCGAGCGCUGUCGGGAGCACCGGCUGCUGCCCACCACGCGGCUACGGGACGGCACGAUACUGGUGAGGUCAGCCAGCGAGCGGCAGCCCAGGUUCGUCUAGGCUGCCUCCCAGAGGCUAUGCAAUGGACAGGGGGCAGGGCGGCUGACCUAAGAGGCUGGUCACAGGCAGCUAAGCACAGAGCCAGGCUGGGCAUGUUCGGGGACGGUUCUAGCGCAAUGAAGAAGGGUUUCGUAUGCUGGCUGCAGACAGUAGAGUCACCUUUACCUAGUGCCUGGAGCUCCCAUACCAACCCCUCGGCCAGGACACUCCCAUCAGUCUGACAAGCUGCCUUUCCAGCUCCAGUGCCUCGGCUCGGUCGCAGCUCGAGCCACCAAGCGUACCCCUUCGAAAGGUGGCUGUCCCCUUAUCCUGCUGGACUGGGAAGGGAUCCAGGCCCUGCUGCCAGAGGGUUUACGUUCGCCUUCACCGAAACAGCUCGCCAGGAGCAGAGAUGCAGACAGCGAGGAGUCCAGUGCGCUGCUGUGAUGACCGAAAACUCCAGCUGCUGGGGCUAGGAGGGACCCCACACAGAUGUGCUUCCACAUGUUUUAAGAAAGCUCCAUCUACUUCCCCCUCCAGCCUCAGCAUCCCAGGAGGCAGAGGGAAUCUCUUACCCUGGCGCAGAGUGUGGGGCCCCACGCCGCUUUGUGCCGUGGAGAGGCGCAGGCUCGGGGGUGGCAGAGGACAGACGGGAUGCCCCAGCAGUGGGCCGUCUCCUCCCACAAGCUCCCAGCGCGGGCGCCCAGCACCGCCAGCCCGUCGGCAGGGAAGGGAUAACGCUUCUGGAUGCUGCUGCGUAUCGAGGCUGCGCACGCCUGCGUGAUGCCCACACACACACGGCAUCAAACAUGCCAACUGCAGCGACAGGUCACUUAACUAGUGGCCUGCCCUUCCAAGCCCCAUGGGGAAGUUUGUAGAACUGUUCUUGCAGAUGGUCGUUUUCCGCUUGGCAAGAUCGUAAACGAUGCUGCAUGAGAGCUGCCAGCUGUGGACUUGCUGCUGUGAAUGAACGCGGAGGGCGGCAGGCCUGCUCUCUUGUGCCUUGCGUCCGGCUCCUACAGGCAGCCAGUUCCCUUGCGUGGGUGCGGAGCACUCGCAGGAGCCUCAGCCUCUCUGAACGUGCCUGCCUUGUGGGCAGUGACAUGCCCUCUGCCCCGGUUCACAGGCCAGGACUUGUCUGAAGUGGUAGCUAGCUCUUUAGGUGACCGGUCAGCACGCGCCCGACACUUGCUGGGCAAAGGAGCUCAAGGGUUAAACAGAACCAGAUGCGAUGGUCUUUAGGGAAUGCAGGCGCCCACAUCGCUGCGGUAGGAGACUGAACGUGCAAACAGAGUUUAUAACCAACUGCCUGAAAAUCACUUCCUCUUAUUCCCACGCCAGCCUGUCCUCAGGCUUCCAUGUUCCUCUUGCGACGGUUGCUAAGCCCUGGAAGUGAGCAGGGUAGGAGACUGAACGACACCAGCUCCCCAGCUGCGUCAACUCCCCUGUGCUGGGGGCUCACCUGAACCAGGCGGGGCAACUCCCACCCGCUGUGUGCGUGGGACUCCCAGAUUCAGAGACCUGCAGGCAGCUGUGCUCAGUCCCUGCUUUGCCAGCCCACCUGUCACGUUAUGUGUACAGCCUGAGCCGGGUGCUGGGGCUCUGUGUGUAACACUGCCCCACCCCAGAGUAAGCCCCUCAUCCCCCUGCAGAGCAGGUGGACCCGGGAGCUACGUCCCAGGCCUGCUGCGAGGGCUACUCGAUUCAGCCGAAAACCAAGUCAGGAUUCAGCUUUCUGCAUUUUGUCCUCAAAGCGGCUCCCCCCCCCCCGGGGCCCCCCCCCAUCUCCCACUGUCACUUGUGCACACGUGGGCAGGUGCACAAAGCCAAAGGGCAAGUUCUAGCUUCCCUGGACUCACGCUCCCGUGGAACAUUGCUCCCCAGUGGCAGGCUGCAUUCCCUAAGCCAGCCGAUCCCCUGAGAACAGGCGGCAUCCAAGGCGAUUCAAAACCACAGCUAGGGCCUGAGCUGUUCCUGGCAGUCCCACUUCCUCAGCAACUUACCAAGUUCCGUGGCAGGGACAAAACCAUGUGCCCCGUUCAUGGCUUCUCCACUAGAGGUCACUACACGCAACUCGUGGACUCCGCAGACAGCCUGGAGCAAGAGAACUUGACACACUCAACCCAUUCGGGCUCCACCAGCGUUCCAGGCCAAGAUCCCUCCACUGACGGCCCUGGGAGGUGUCUAAACAGUCUGCAGCUCAGUCCCU